UACUAAAUCGCCGACAGAAAUGAUUUACCAGUCAAUUUUCUUUCAAAAUUUUUUAGUUUUUCUUCAUCUGUGCAUAAUAUUUUCAUAUCUGUGUAAUGUAACUGCAGAAGAGGACCUCUACGAUGUUUUGGGAGUAGCAAAAAAUGCCAGGAAUUCAGAAAUUAAAAGGGCGUACAAGAAAUUGGCUAGGCAAUGGCACCCAGACAAAAACCUUGAGGAUCCAGAAGCCCAUGAAAAGUUCAUGAAGAUAAAUGAGGCAUAUGAGACUCUUAGUGAUGCUGAUAAAAGAGCCAAGUACGACAGGUUUGGCCAUACAAGUGCUCAGGAGCAGAGUGGUCGCUAUCACCACAAUGGCUUCCCUUUCAAUGACUUCUUCCAAGGAGGAGCAUUCAACUUCCAGUUUGACUUUGGUGGCCAAGGAGGUGGCAGUUUUUCACAGAAAUACCGGCUGACCCUAAGGGCCUAUGAGAGCCGAGCUAUGCCAGAGAGCCACAGCAAACCUUUUCUCAUCUAUGGCUACGGUGACUUCUGUUUCAACUGCAUGAGACUGGAGCCAUUGUGGGAGAAAGCAGUGCAAGACUUGGAGACUUUAGGUCUUGGAAUAGGCACUGUUCAUAUGGCGAUGGAUGGUAACUUGGCCAGGAAGUUGAGAAUCUCGGACGUCCCCGUAAUAAUGGGUCUGGUCAGCGGCAGACUACGGACUUUCCACACCAGUUCAUACUCUCUACAGUCCAUUAGGGAGUUCAUCAGGAGACUGUUUCCUCAGGGGUUGAUUACUAUGGUGACAGAUAAGAACUAUAAAGAUUUCCUCAACAGUUGGAAGGACAACCGAGUCCGGGUGCUUUUCUUCUCGGAGCGUGAGGUGCCGAGUCUCCGCGUGCUGGCCUCGGCGUUUGCCUUCAAGGACCGAGCUGCCUUUGGCUACGUUCACAUGAGCGGAGGACUGACGGAGGAAGUCUGGGAUACCUUCAACGUGCAGAGGUUCCGAGAGACAUUGUUGAUCUUCAAUGAGAAUGUGCAAUCACCUGUGGCAACACUCUCAACCAAUCAAAUUGCACGACACACCAUGGAUGAGAUGAUAGAAAGUAACAAAUACCUUAUCCUGCCGCGGCUGUCGUCACAGAAAGUGUUCAACGAACUGUGUCCUGUAGAACCAAGGAGAGCUCACAGAAAGUUAUGUGUGGUUCUGUUAACAAGGAACAUUGAACAGCACGAAGAUCACAGAACAUCGUUUCGCAAUUUUGCGCGUGAGACGUCGACAUCAAAGGACAGGGUGCAGCACUGUUACAUAUACGAGGAUCGCCAGACCAGCUUCAUCCACUCCCUCACAAAAGGUGGAGCACACGGGGAUAACGAUACUGUCCUCAAGGUGGCCAUAAUUUGGCGUAAGGACCCCCGGUCCAUAGACUACAAUUGGUUUGAGCCAGGCUGGGUGGCAGAGGGUUCCCUGUACGCCAGUCGCCGCGAGCUUCUGGAGGAUACGCUGUCCAACGUCCUGGUGAACAAAGAAGUCUUGGUGCUGAAUACAGUGUUACCUGAUCUAUUGGAUGAACAUACACAG